GUCGAUGAAAAAGCCGUUCAGUCCUGACGUUCAAACUUCAGGAUGAAGUUGUCCAUUAUAAUCACGGUCAUCACCACUGCCUUAAUUUUAGCAGGUAAAAAUACCUGUUAUGGUCAAGUAUGCGAACCCAUCCGGUACAGUGGUUGUAUGGGUCUGUCGUACAACCAAACAUCCUUCCCGAACGUCUACGGGUGGCAGGAUCAAGACGAAGCUCUCCGAACUGCCCCGUUCGUGUUCCCGACGUACAACCCUAUCAUUGACUGCCAUCCGGAGUUGAACUUCUUCUUGUGUUCGCUUUUGUUUCCCCAAUGUACGUCUGAAGGGCAGAAACUUCCAUGCCGCUCGUUCUGCAAUGAGAUUAACGCUACAUGUGGGGAGCGAGCUCUGGCCGCCGGUGUCCAAUGGAACGCUGCGAUCUGUCCACAACUCUCUGAUGACAGCUGCACUAGACCAGACGGAUGUGAACCCAUCCGCUACAGUGGUUGUAUGGGUCUGUCGUACUCCCAAACAUCCUUCCCGAACGUCUACGGGUGGCAGGAUCAAGACGAAGCUCUCCGAACUGCCCCGUUCGUGUUCCCGACACUUCCAUGCCGCUCGUUCUGCAAUGAGAUUAACACUGCAUGCGGGGAUCGAGCUCAGGCCGCCGGUCUUCAGUGGAACGCUGCGAUCUGUCCACAACUCUCUGAUGACAGCUGCACUCGACCAAAUGUUCCAAGCAUUAUAACAUCUCCGGCGACACCCAGCCAGCAGAGUAACGCAACGGCUACCACUGCACCGACAGUCUCCCAACAAGCUAAUACAACAGCUACCGAUGCACCAACGGCCUCCCAACUAGCUAACACGACAGCUACCGAUGCACCAACGGCCUCCCAACUAGCUAACAAGACAGUUACCGAUGCGCCAACAAGCUCCCAACAAACUAACACAACAGCUACCGACGCACCGACAACCGGGUCUCAACAGGAUAACACCCCAACAGUUGGAGCUUCUGGUGGGGCCAUGGCUACAGGAGGCAAUGCUGACAUCGUGAUCGGAGUGGUUGCGGCUAUCGCCUGGGCAGUUGCCCUCGGGAACAGUGGCUGAUUCGGAAGGGUUCAGAUACAGGUAUACCAUUACAGAACGUACAUCAGCGAACUUAAUUGAAUGCCAUGACUAUUUUCUGAAAAACCACGACUGAGUAUAUAUUUCAGUAUAUUUCUAAGAGAAAUCGUUA